GGGCGUAUCCGGAAGUGAUCCUACGGAAGCCGGCGGGUCCGCGCGCGGUACCUCACCAUGGGGACCGCGGCGGCUCCGCGGCGCUUCUGCCGCUGCGCCUGCUUCUGCUCCGAGAACUUGUACGUGGCGCGCUACGGCCUGCACGUGCGCUUCCGGAGCGAGCAGCAGCUGCGCCAGGACUACGGCCCCAUCCUGCGCAGCCGAGGCUGUGUCAGCCCCAAGGACUUCCAGCAGCUGUUGGGAGAGCUUGAGAAGGAGGUGGAGCGGCGGCAGCGGCUGGGGCAGGAGUCGGCUGCCAGGAAAGCCCUCAUUGCGAGCUCCUACCACCCAGCGCGGCCCGACGUCUACAACCCACUGCAGGAUGUGGCUCUGGCCCCCGAGUUUCUGGCCGCAGCUGAGUACAGCACAUCGCCAGGUGCAGACCUCCAGGGCCUUCUCCAGCGGCUGGAGACAGUUUCGGAGGAGAAGCGUAUCUACCGCCUGCCGGUGUUCACAGCGCCGUUCUGCCGGGCCCUGCUGGAGGAGCUGGAGCACUUCGAGCAGUCGGACAUGCCCAAGGGAAGACCCAACACCAUGAACAACUACGGGGUGCUGCUACACGAGCUGGGCCUGGAUGAGCCACUGGUGACGCCACUGAGGGAGCGCUUCCUGCAGCCGCUGAUGGCCCUGCUGUACCCAGAGUACAGGGGCCCGCUGGACACCCACCGCGCCUUCGUGGUCAAGUACGCGCCAGGCCAGGAUCGCGAGCUGGGCUGCCACUACGAUAACGCCGAGCUCACCCUCAACGUGGCCCUGGGCAAGGCCUUCACGGGGGGCGCCCUCUACUUUGGGGACCUCUUCCAGGCACCUUCGGCCCUGGCCAACCCCCUGGAGGUAGAGCACGUGGUGGGCCAGGGCAUCCUGCACCGGGGGGGCCAGCUGCACGGGGCCCGACCCCUGGGCACUGGUGAGCGUUGGAACCUGGUCGUCUGGCUCCGCGCCUCUGCUGUGCGCAACCGCCUCUGCCCCAUGUGCUGCCGCAAGCCCGACCUGGUGGACGAUGAGGGCUUCGGCGACGGCUUCACCCGCGAGGAGCCCGCCACAGUGGAUGUGUGUACACUGACUUGAGCCUGGCUGGGGCCAGUGUGGGGGGGUGAGGGGCAGAAAUAAACAACCUGCAGCCCUCAGCACAUCUUGGUUCCAAAGGACACACGAGCUUCUGGGCCAUUCUUUCAGCAGAGACAUUGGCUUAGGUCGGGUUUGUUAGAACCAGAGCCUGAGACAGGGACUCCUGUGCAGGUGGUUUAAGGAGGGGAUACUCUUGGGAGAAGAGGGAGCAGGACAGAGCAGGAAGGAACUGGGCCAAGAUGGUCUGAAAUGGCAUCCGGCCUCAGCCCGAUCCCACGGGGCUCUCUGGAGCAUGAAUCAUACCACAGUUUGCCCUCCACGUCAGAUAUUAGCUAUAGGGUGUUUUGGGGUAGAGAGGGUGUGAGUAACUUCCCAGACAUCCAUCUCCAGGGCAAGGUGAUUCCCAGAGGCCAAGGGAAUCUUCGAGAGAAGAGUACAGGCAUGAGGGACUUCCCUGGUGGUCCAGUGGUUAAGAAUCUGCCUUCCAAUGCAGGGGACGUGGGUUCAAUCCCUGGUUGGGGAACUAAGAUCCCACAUGACGCGGGGCAACUAAGCCUGUGCACAGCAACUACUGAGCCCGCGCACCUCAACUAGAGAGUCUGUGCGCCACAGCGAAGCGCCCACGUGCCACAACUAAGACCCGACAC